AUGGACGUUUUCUACAAAAUGUACGCGAAACAAUUCCACAACAUUGAAAAGUUUGAUACCGAUUACGGCAUAGUAAAGGAACAGAAUAACUAUGUUUUCUACGCAAAUUAUUCGAGCUCACUAACGUAUCCCAACAUAGAACAAAAGUUAGCGUACUUCACUGAGGACAUUGGUUUGAACGCUUACUAUUACUAUUUCCACACUCACCUACCUUUCUGGUGGCACUCUAAAAAAAUCGGGGCAUUCAAAGAACGUCGUGGCGAGAUCUACUUCCACUUCUAUGUGCAACUGUUGGCACGUUACGACAUGGAGCGUGUCACUAGUAGGAUAUGUGAACCUUUCGAGUUCUCUUGGUAUUUGCCAUUUAAGACUGGUUAUUACCCACAAUUAAGUACUGGUUUCCUACCAUUUGCUCAAAGAAGUAACUACUAUGACAUUCAUACUGAGAAGAACUACGAAGCCAUCCGUUUCUUGGAUGCUUAUGAGAAGAAUUUCUUCCAGUACCUGCAACAAGGUCAUUUUAAGGCUGUACGUAUUCUGAAAGUGUUAAUAUAUAUAUUUAAAAUUUUAAGAAAAAAUAGAAAUAUUUAUUUUUCAUUUUCAGUUUAA